AUGGUUUUCUGUGGCAAACCGAGCAGAGGUUGUCAACGUUGUCGACAGAGGAAGAUCAGAUGCGACGUGACGAAGCCGACAUGUCUCAAAUGUCAAAAGGCACGAGAACCUUGUACUUAUCGCAAUUUCGACGAAGCCAUCUUCCGAGAUCAGACUCGGGAGGUUGUUCGCAAAUUCAAAUUACCGCCAGAAGACGAACACUGUUCUGCAGAAUCUCGACGCUCAUUGGCGAUGGUAUCUUCAAGCAUGACCACAAGCACGACAAGCACUCCCGAUAUCUUCUACUCGACCCUGUCCCCUUCUGUCUAUGAUAUUGGAGCAAACUUCUUCUUUGACAAAUUCUUGUCCGAAAAGGGUACAUUCUUCGGCGAUUAUUCCUCUUGGUUGGGCCAGUUGUACACGGCAGACACCUCCAGUGGUGGUUUGAUCCGGGCGGUCAUCGAAGCUGUCGGAUUGAGUGCUUUGUUCAAUGUCUCUCUGGAUCUAGGUAUCCAGAUCAAAUCUUCAGAGCAGUAUUCCAAAACAUUGGCAGCCCUUAAGUUUGCUCUAGACGAUCCAGAGCGAGCAAAGUCCGACGACACUCUACUUGCAAUUACCCUUUUGAUUCUUUUCGAGCUACUAAAUUUUAGAACUUGGCAACGACAUAGGUAUUGGGAAGCCCAUGUCAAUGCAGCACUGACCUUGUUGGAACUUCGAGGUCAAGAUCAAUUUCAACGUCAACGUGGAGGACAACUUUACAUCCAGGUCCGUUCUCAAAUACUUUUGGUCUGUAUGCAGAAACGCGUGGCUGUUCCCAGAGCGCUGGUCCAAACCACCUGCGAUUUCCAAGGGAGUCUCAUGAGACAACUCUGGCAAAAUUCUAGAGUCGCCAGUCCGAGUUCCAUCACCGAGAUAUGUUUCCGGGUCGUCAAUCUCAAGGCCGCUCUUCAUCGUCAAGAAGAAGGUGAUGACACGAAGAUGAACGGGAAAAUCUUACUAAACAUGGCGGUCGAUAUCGACAACGACCUCGAGUCAUGGGCGGCCGGAUUGCCCGAUUCCUGGAGGUAUUCCGUGGUUCAUGGGCCUGCGAGGGUCGCCGAGGAACUCCUACAAGGGGUCCGACACGUCUACCCUACGCUCUGGAUCGCGGAGGCUUGGAACAACUGGCGCAUCCUUCGACUUUUGGUCAGCCAGAUGAGACUAGAAAUCAGCGUCGAUCCGCAAGAGAUUGCCACCUCCCAAAACAUGGCACGCCGGCUGUGUACCGACGUUUGCAUUUCUGUCUCCAACUUUUCCGGCAGUCCUAGUUACAUAUCGUUGAUCCAACCAUUGUACCUCGUCGCCCUGGAAACUUUGGUUCCGUACAGUUUACGGGUCUUUGCGAUUGAACAACUGAGACACAUCGAUGCUUCCUUGGGGGUAAGACAGGCCCGUCUAUUGGCCGAUACUGCCGAAAACAAUCUAUUCAGCGCGUUGCCCGAGUCCGGCGUGAUUUGA